AUGAAUAAUAGUCCUGUUACACCAUCCACACCUGCUCCAUGGGCUAAAGAUGAUGAUCAUCCGACUCAAAAAACUCCAUCUUUACGCGAAAUUCAAGAAAUGGAAGCCCGAAAAGCCGUUGAAAGAAAAGCUGCUGCUGCUGCAACUGCAAGUUCAUAUGCAUCUACUUAUAAGGAUGAUGUGACGACUUCAACUACUUCGUGGGGCAUAGUUGUUCCUACGUCAUCUAACGAAUCAGACUCGUCUUCACUUUCUACUUCACCCGUUGUGACCACACCAGCGUGGCAAUCAAACAAUACUGCCCCAAAAAAGACACUUAGAGAAAUUCAAAAAGAGGAGGAAGAAGCGAUGAAAAAAC